CUAGCCAAAUCUAUCAAUCUCCACUACAACAGCAUCAGCCAAAAAAGAAAAAGCAUCACUCAUCAGAAAGAGUAAUGGCAAGAUCUCUCCUUCUCUUCUUCAUUCUGGCUGAUGCUUUUGUGGUUUUCGCAACGGCAGAUUUGAAAUCAGACUCUCCCGGUUCUUCUUCAACUCCAGCUGUCCAUGGCGCAACGUUAACCACGGCCCAAGAGAUGAUGAAUCGGAAGUUCGGGAGACAUCAAAUGGGACUGGAGAUGGCCUUCAGAGGGCCGAAUUUGAGCCCGUCUCAAGCCCCUGCUUGGAGCAACGCGAGCUCUUCUGAUCUGUCACCGCCUUCAUUGGUUGAGCAAGAGCUCCAUUUGGCAAAACAGCAUCACUCAUCAGGGGAUAAGUCUGUGGCUGGUGGAGGGGUCAUACUCGGCGGCCUCGCCACGACGUUCUUGGUGGCGGUGUUCUGCUACAUAAGAGCGACGGGAAGACAUAAAUCAGAGGCUGCUAGUAAUGCGGGUGAAAAUGCCUAGAUUUGCUUCCUCUGGAUCUUAUUUUGCACGUAAAAUGCAUAUAGUUGGAGAGAAUACAAGCCACCUUGUUGAUUAAUCUGUAAAGUGUUGAUUAAAUAGAUAUUUAUUCCUUCACAAAGGGAUUGUACCA